CUUUAACCAACCGGUCGCUUCGAAUCGAGAGUCAUGGGGCACAAAAAGAAAACAUCCUUAAAAGCAACGCUGCAAUCCCAGCAGACUCGGCUCAAGAACAAAGAGAAAGCCGCGCAUGCCGCUGAAGCUGCAGAACUCAAGACGAAGUAUAAAGGCAAGGGGAAAGCACCAGCUCUCCGACCUACCAUCCCAUUCACGGUUACCAAUAAAAUACUCUUGAUCGGCGAGGGCAAUUUCUCGUUCGCGCAUGCACUGGUCAUCGAUCCACCUUCGUCGCUGAAACAUCUCCCACCAUCGAAUAUCACAGCGACUUCUUAUGAUUCCGAGGAGGAAUGUUAUGAUAAAUACCCUGAUGCGAGAAGUAAAGUGGAUAUCCUCCGGGAGCGCGGUGCAGAGGUUUUGUUUGGUGUAGAUGGGACCAGAUUCGAAAAGUGCAAUGCUUUGAAAGGGAGACGGUUUGAUCGUGUCGUGUUCAACUUUCCUCAUGCAGGAAAGGGUAUAACAGACCAAGACAGAAAUAUACUAUCUAACCAGAUACUUAUCCUGGGGUUCCUCCGUUCUGUUGUUGGCUGCCUUGCAGAAGGCAUCAUUCCAACGCCUAAUCUGUCACGAAAACUGAAGAGACCUGUGGACGAUGAUGAUGAUGACAACGUGAAUGACGAUGAGGAUAUAGUAGAUGCCUCAUCGCCUUCUACAGUACAGGGCGCAAGGGGGACGGUGCUCAUUACCCUGCGCAACGUUCCACCAUACACCAAUUGGCAAGUGCACUUUUCACACCCUCCGAAACCUGCAUCAUUAGGAACUCCGCCGAACCCAAAUUAUAAACUUCUGCGUUCGUUUGUAUUUCACAGGGAGAUGUGGAAAGGAUACGAACACCGCAUGACAAAAGGCGAGAGAGCUCAUGGUCGAGGUACAACAGGCGAAGGAGGGGAGGAUCGGACAUGGGAGUUU